UUAUUAAUAAUCAAUUUCAAUUUUAAUUUCAGUCGAAUAUUUCAAACGCGCCUUUGUACGGAGCCUUAACCCUUUCUACUUUCAACAUUGUUUGAAUGAUUAGCUGUAAUUCCCAGUGACACAGUGUGACAGUGAGUGUACGGUCAGCAGUGAGUGAACGUGAAGGAGCGGCCAGCGUUGGAUCCGUCGGCUACCAACGCCAACAUGAGUCUGGAGGACGACUGCGACGACGCGGGCUCCAACAUCUGGUGCCCCGGCGCGCGCUACCGCCCCGAGCCGCCCGAGGCGCUGGCGCGCGCGUCGCACUUCACGCCGCACGAGAUCAAGCUGAUGUACCGCGGGUUCAAGCAGGAGUGCCCCACCGGCGUUGUCGACGAGGAAGCUUUCAAGAAUAUAUUCUCCCAGUUCUUCCCCCUGGGAGACGCAUCGCAGUACGCGCACUUCGUGUUCAACACAGUUAAACACAAGCAGCGUGGGAAGCUCAACUUUGAGGAGUUCCUGGGCACGCUGUCGGCGCUGGGGCGCGGCUCGCGGCAGGAGAAGCUGUCGUGGGUGUUCGCGCUGUACGACGCGGACGGCGACGGCCGCAUCUCGCGCGCGGAGAUGCUGGCUGUGGUGCGCGCCGUGUACGAGCUGCUGGGCCGCGCCGCCGCGCCGCCCGUGCCGCCGCGCGCCGCGGAGGACCACGUCGACCGCAUCUUCCACCUGAUGGACACCAACGCCGACGGCGUGGUGACGCCGGACGAGCUGGCGCGCUGGUGCGCGCGCGACCCCGCCCUGCUGGGCUCGCUGGACACGCUGGACACGGUGUUGUGAUCCUGCGCCUCGCCGGCCCGCGCCGCGCCCGGGGACGCCAGCCAGCCCUGCUCGCA